GUUGCGGUCCGUUUUUCCUGCAGCACGAAAAGUCCGGACCGGUGGGAAACCCGAACCGUGAUCACAACCAACUGCAUGGAAUUAUAAACGGUUUUCACAAUUUUGCAUAUCGACAAUAUCCGAAGGACGCCACGGUGAAACGUUUUUGCGGGGGUCAGGUAGAGUUUGCGAGGCACAUAUCGACCAGUGCCUCACCGCCCCCUCUCUCACUCUAACCGGCUAUACUAGUCAAUAUCCUGAAGCUUAGAGCCUGAUUUGUUAUAUUCAGCAUAGUUACAUUGGUUACUUUGUUUUCUAACAGCGUCCUCCACAUUGAGAAGACACAUCCUGGCUUCCUUUUGGAUCUCUAUACUUUGUAUCUAGGGAUUUGAGGGCCCUCUGGGGUGCCGGUGUGGGGGGGUUUAACACAGUAAUUAGAUUUAAACAACCCCCCACGCCUUAACAUCUAUUUUAAACCGCAGAACUCGUAUGAAGUUAGCACACACAUGUCCAGAAUAGAUUACCUAUACCCCAAUUUUCUACUUUGCAUGCAACCUCGGCAGAUCAUCUGGUGUAUCCAGCACCAUUCAUUUUCAACCUCGACCAGGCGAUUUAAACCGAGCUGACAAGUCGGAGGAAGAGCGCUACUCAGCGAUCACUGCACUCCAUCUUUUUUUGAGGCUUCGAUAUCAGAUAUUAACACACCCGGACGCUGACCCGAUCUACCACAUCGGUGGUCCUCGCGCGCGCGUGAUCCUUUUUUGGAUUGGAUUUGGCGAUCGGAUUUCUACCGCACCCUGAGCCCCUUCGCCCGCCAUGCCCGGCCCAGUGGCCGGUAGUAAGUCUCGGGUUUAUGCCGAUGUCAACACUUUGAAGAGCAGGGAAUACUGGGACUAUGAGGCCCACGUGCCCACCUGGAGUAACCAGGAGGAUUUCCAGCUGGUGCGGAAGCUCGGAAGAGGAAAAUACAGCGAGGUUUUUGAGGCCAUCAACGUCAACAAUAACGAGAAGGUUGUGGUCAAAAUCCUCAAGCCUGUCAAGAAGAAAAAGAUCAAGAGAGAGAUUAAGAUUUUGGAGAACCUACGAGGAGGAACCAACAUCAUUCAGUUGAUGGACACAGUGAAGGAUCCUGUGUCUCGAACACCUGCGCUUGUCUUUGAAUGCAUCAAUAAUACAGAUUUUAAGGAGCUGUAUCAAAAGUUAACAGAUUAUGAUAUACGUUUUUACAUGUAUGAACUACUAAAGGCUCUGGACUACUGCCAUAGUAUGGGUAUCAUGCACCGUGAUGUCAAACCUCACAACGUCAUGAUCGACCACCAGUUAAGGAAGCUAAGGUUGAUAGACUGGGGUCUUGCUGAGUUUUAUCACCCCGCACAAGAGUACAACGUCAGAGUGGCGUCGCGGUAUUUCAAGGGUCCAGAACUGCUUGUGGACUACCAGAUGUAUGAUUACAGUUUGGACAUGUGGAGUCUCGGCUGCAUGCUGGCUAGUAUGAUUUUUCAAAAAGAGCCGUUCUUUCAUGGCCAAGACAACUACGAUCAGUUGGUGCGGAUUGCAAAAGUUCUUGGGACAGAUGAGCUUUUUGGCUACCUGCGCAAAUACCACAUUGAACUGGAUCCACGAUUCAAAGACUUGCUUGGCCAGCAAACACGAAAACGCUGGGAACAGUUUGUGCAGACGGAGAACCAGCAUUUGGUAAGUCCGGAGGCUCUGGACCUUCUUGACAAGCUGCUACGCUAUGACCAUCAACAGAGACUGACAGCGACCGAAGCAAUGGAGCACCCUUAUUUCUAUCCAGUGGUGAAGGAGCAGUCUCACAAUAAUACAGAUGGUAAUAUAGUGUCAAGUGGAACCAAUACACCCCGAUGAGAGCAGGCAUCGAAAGGAAAAGGAAGAUGUUUGUUACCUCAAUUUUCUAUCCCUCGUGUCCGAAACCUCUACAAGUGUACAGUGAAAGUCGGAUUUAAGCAGCACCUGUCACACCUUGUUUCUCAGACACACACACACCUUCUUACACUCACACUCAGACUUCAGCUUUCUGUGUCUGUCAAGGUUUGGUCUGCUCCUCUAAAACAGGCCUGUUCCUCUAGAAGAUGUCAAAGUUGUUCUUCCCAGUUGUAGAUGAAAGAGAAUAUGACUCUACCCCUGGUACACUGGCCCCUCCCACCUCAAUCUAGGCAUGGAGAAUGAAGACCAGAAUGAACCCCGCCCCCUCUAUUCUUAUUGGUCUGUGUGUCUGUCUGUUCAGUAUUCAGACCUUGGUGCAGCCUCUACAUACUGUAGUAUUAAAGUGGCAUGGUGGACCUUUUUUCUUUGCUCUAGGUAGAUUGAUUACUAUAUUAAUGAAAUAAAUGAUUUUUAUUUAGAUCUA